GUCUCAAUAGUACUGCUCGUUCACCUUGCCGAUUAGUUGCAGAACUUGAUCUCAGUUUUGGACGUAGGUGACUCAUUGCGUUUUAUUCUGGGCUAAAAAUAUAACACAUUUAAUAGAUGACCACUUGGAAAAAUAGCAUUAUUUACUUUGGCAAACAUGCCUGCGCAGUACGGAUUCCACGUCAUUUGAGGCUGGCGAGAAUUACGCUAGCAAAUCGAUAUUAUUUCGUUUUUCAAAUUGAGGCAAAUCGUAACGGUAGAUAUAAAAUUGGCACUAAUUGUAGUGUGUAUAGGUAGAAAAGGAAGUUGUUCUGUGUCCAAGCUUAGUGUUGAGUUGUCAUUUGGAGUCUAGUACUAUUCUUGAAAAAUACGAGGAAGCAGCUAAAGUUCAACAAGUCUGCCAAAGGACUUCCAAAUAUUCGACACUGUUGUGGUGAAAAGAGUUGCCGAGAAUGUUCUUGUAAAAAUAAAUUAUGAAUCGUGAUAGAAUCUAGUACAAUCGUAAUGCUUUGCCCAACUCUAUAAUCCAAACUUGCAUACAAUAAAUAUGACAAACUCGCAUGACAAACUUCAUUUACUAGGUUUACUUGUGUCUUGUAAAGAGUUUCUAUUUUCAAAGUCUUUCAAAUAAACAUACGCAUACAGGAAUUAUUAAUGAAAAUGUUUCAGUCCAUCAGUUGUAUUUCUCACUACAAUAUAUAUAAUGUACUAGUCCUAUGCUUAAGUAGAGACUUGUAAAUAGAAUUUUAACAUUCGAAUCAGGGUUGUUAAAGAAACCGGGCCCCUUGUACAUAUAUUUAUAGUUAAUCAUGGAUGCUCAGGUGCUAGCUACUGAAGAUAUCAUGAAGAUAGAAAUGGAGGGGGUUGGAUUCCAGGCAGUACAGACAGACACCAAGCCGUUUGAACUUUAUAAUGCCUCUUGGAAUUUGUGUUUUAAAUGUGAUAUGAAUAAAGACUCAAAAAAUGCAGUUUCUGAUAGAGGUCCAGUUCCAGAAAUUACAGAUCAAAUAAACAUUAUACAUGAGCCUGAUGAUUAUUUUGUAGAUGAUCUAGCUUCUAGGACUGCAAUAUGUUUGUGGAUAACUAAGGAGCACAAUUAUGCUAAGGUUUGGAUAAAAAGUGAGCCUGAAGAAGAACUGAAGGUUGAAAGUUCUCUUGACAGCAGCGAAAAGUACUCAGUUUUAGAAAUAACGGAGGAAUUCAUCAUCAAAGAUGAGUGUAAUGAUGAUGAUAAGUUCUUAGAUGCAAAUCCAGAAACAGCUUCCAAUAGAAGCAGUAGUGAAUGUAACGUUACUAACGGCCAAAAUCUUACCGCUACUGGAGAAAGGCGCAAAAUGAAGGAGCUGAUAAUAAACGUUGAAAGGAUGAAUCUUGAACUUAUCAAAAAAAUAAAACAUUCUCAAAAUACAGACACUCAUCAACUCAGUGAAAAAGCAAAAGUGGAUCUUCUGCAAAAAAGUGCAUUGAAACAGAAAACUAUGGUGAAGCAGCAGUCUAUAGCAUGUAAAAAAUUGAGCAGAAAUUUAGUUUAUUGUAAUAGUUGUAAUUAUUCUGCUAGAUCUAAGUAUAUUCUGAUUCGUCAUAUGAAAGAACAUAGAAAUCUAAAGAAACAUAAAAACGAACCGCGUUCUAGCUAUAAACAUAUCACGUGUAUACACUGUAAUGCAAAGUUCAGAUCCAAAAGGAGUCUAGAUGAUCACGUCCUUAAACAACAUUCUGAUCUUGUUGCGUCCGUUUCUAGUAAAACUCACAAAUGUUCACAUUGCGCGUAUAAAACAACCUAUAAGAGUAGUUAUAGGAUACAUAUGCUAAAACAUUCAGAGACAGCAAGUAAAUACAAAUUCGGCAUAUGUACUCACUGUAAUGCGAAAUUCAAAAGCAAGUGGACACUGUAUGAACAUAUAAUUCGGGAACACCCUGACUUUAUUACGUCCUUGUCUUGUAAAUUAUAUCAUUGCACAUGUUGCGCUUACAAAACAACAUUUAAGUCUCGUUUAGCUAAACAUAUGUUUUUCAAACAUUCAGAGUCAGUAGGUAACUAUAAAUUCUUCAUGUGUGUUCACUGCACUGCAAAAUUUAAAUAUAAACAUAUGCUGGAUAAUCAUAUAGUCAAAGAACAUCCUGACUUUAUUGCUUCUGUUUCUGCUAAAAUUCAUGAAUGUAAACAUUGUGAAUAUAAAACAACUAUGAAGAAUUGUUUGGCAAGCCAUGUAUGGAAACAUCGAGAGACGGUAGAUAAUUAUAAAUUCAUCAUAUGUAUUCACUGUAAUGAGAAAUUUAAAUUUAAACAUAUGCUAGACAAUCAUAUAAUCAAGGAACAUCCUGGAUUUAUUGCAUCCAUUACUGCUAGAAUUUAUGAAUGUAAACAUUGUGAAUAUAAAACAACUAUGAAGACCGGUUUUUCUAGACAUAUGUUGAAACAUCGAGAGAGAGUAGAUAAUUAUAAAUUCAGAAUAUGUAUUCACUGUAAGGCAAAAUUCAAAACUAUUUCAGCACUGAAUGAUCAUUUAGUCCAGAAACACCCAGACUUUACUGCAUCCGUUUCUAGUAAAAUACAUGAAUGUACACAUUGUGCAUAUAAAAGUGUAUUUAAAAGUAAACUUGAUAGACAUAUGUCAAAACACUCAAAAUUAGAAGAGAAUCAUAAAUUCAGCAUGUGUAUUCACUGUAAUGCGAAACUCAAAGGCACACGGACAUUGAAUGAUCAUAUAGUCAGAAAACAUCCUGAGUUUAUUGCAUCCGUUUCUGCUAAAAUAUAUAUAUGUACACGUUGUGCAUAUAAAACAGUGAAAAAAAAUGAUGCUGUUACACAUAUGAAGACGAAACAUCGUAUGUGCUAAUUAUAAAUCUGUCCCUGCGUCAAGUACCUACAAGGCACUGUUCAAUAUAAUGUGAAAUUCAAAAGUAUUUGAAUACUCGUAAAACCUGAAAACAUACUGAUUUUAUUGUGUUUAGUAAAAUACACAUUGCGCUUAUAAAACAAAUAAAAAACGGUAGGGUGUUUUGCCUAUUUGACAAACAAAAUUGAGUCGAUUUCCAAUGAUGUGACCAGUGGUGUCAAAAAUGCACUAUCUGUCCAGCAAGGGAAUGCAACGUAAAGAGAUGCGGACGGGAAUUGGUGAUGUUAUUUUUUAAAUAUUUGAGUAUCAUUGAGCGCUUUUGGCGACGUAAACAAUUAUGUAUUUUUUUAUUAGAAUCAAUAGCUAUAAGCUAUAAGUAAUGAAAAUGAUAAGCUGUCUCGUUUGGCAACACUGUUGAGUAAACGGCACCUGAAUGGUUAAUGCUGAUCGAACGGCUGUCAUUAGUUGAUAUUGAAUGGGGAGGUAUUGAAAUACUGCCAUCCACUGUUACUGCCGAGUACAAAAUAAUAGCGAGAACAUUGCAAAAGAAACUGCUUUCCGUAUAUAAUUUCUUUAUCUGCGAAAACUAAUAUAAAAAGUGGGGUUAUCGCACAAAAAGGAAGAAAAUGAUAGUCUUGGCGGUGCCACGAUUUUAAGCGUCCUGUAAUAGUAGCAGGCACUAACUUUAUUAAUUCCAAGUCUUGUUUUUGAUUUAUUGCCCCUCUCAGAUGUUAAAUCCGGCUAGGAAUUAUUAUAGUGGCUGACUAUUGGACGUUCAAUAACUCCCCAAUAUCUCAUAUGGACGACAGCUUGUCAGACGAUAUAUGCUUUCGGCAAUACUCUCCUUACCGUUUUCUCUCUUGCAUCCUUUUGCUUGGCAGUUAAUAGUAGUAUAAUCCUGAGGUUCUCCAAUCUCAAAAAAUGUGAUUUUGUAUUUGUUUUAUAUACUUGUUUAUUUUUGUGUAUAUAGUUUGAAGAAAAAUAAAAUAUUUUUAAUAUUUGGCA